AUGGCGGAGCAGAAUUUGGAAGCCAAAUUGAAGAAGUUACUGAAGCAGGACAAGAUCCAGCUGUGGAAAGAGCCUUACACCGACGAGCAGCAGCGAGCCGGAAGUGGCCACAUGCAGGAGCUGGCGGAGCGCUACGGCGCCAUGCUGCGUCUGUCUGGGUCCGAGGUGGCCGGCGCUCUGGAGCUCAUCCGAGUGCAGGCCUUGAAGAGAGGUCAGCGCAACCACACCUUCAGGGAAACGGACGUGGCCACCUUGGAGCUGCUGCUGCCGCGGGGCUGCGGGAAGGACGGCAAGUCCAGGAUGUUUAUGGAGAGCCGCUUGGACGUGUGCGCUCAGGAGCUCAUGGAUAGGAUCGCGCGAGAAGUCGGUCUGAAAAGCUUCAAAGUCAUCCUGAACGGGAAGACUCUGAACGCGGGUCUGAGGCUGGACCGGCAGGGCGUCGGCAACCACAGCAAGAUGAUGGUCCUCAAGGUCAGCUCCGUCGCCGCCGCGCAGUCCGCUCGGCACGACGCCGACGACGCGUCGCCGUCCACCUCGCGCGACCACAGCGUCCAGCGCACGCACAGGGGCUUCCAGAUACUGUCUGAGAGAGACGGCACCGAGGACCCGGAGACGGCGCCCUUCCUGGAGGUGGCCGACCAGAAGGGAAACCCGCUGACGAUCCCCCGGGAGGAAAAGAAGGCGCUGAUCCUGGCGAUGGGCCUCCACGAAAAGGGGCGGGCCCUGAUGAAGAGGAAACUCUACGACGACGCGCUAUGUCACCUCCUGCAGGCCGACCUCCACUUCAGCCGCUGCGGUUCGGGGCUGCUCGGCGCGGUGGACAACUACGGCGUGCUGCAGCUGGACGUCGUCUGGUGUUACCGAGCCUUGGAGGCCCUCUCGUGCCUGGAGGACGGACGCGAGCGUCUGAGGCGGGCCGAGGACUGCUUCCUCAGGUGCUACGGCGAGCGCCGGCAGAGGCUGCUGUCCAUCAAGGGCAGCUCGGGGCGGGAGGAGGCGCUCUUCCUGCGCCUGCACCUCUUGCGGAGCCUCCUGGCCUUCGUGGACGGCGACGACCCGCAGGCGCGUCAGCAGCUGGAUCGGGCAGAGUCGCUGUACGCCGGCCUGUGUCCCGACGCCGACAAAAUGACGGAGCUGAUGCUGCUGGGCUUCAGCGAGCGGGAAGCGCGACUGGGCCUGCGAGCGUGCGGCGGCGACUUGCACGAGGCCUCCAUGCUCAUCGCCAACCAGCGACAGGAGCGGGAGGAGCUGCGGCGGCGCGAGCGCGAGAAGCGCCAACGGACCGAGGCCGGCUUGGCCAUCUUGAAGGAGGCGGGCUACGCGCCCAGGGCCGCCGCGGCCGCCCUGCGCCGAGCCGACGGCGACGUGGAACGAGCUUUCCGAAUUCUGCUGGACGCUAGCCAAACGAUCGCCACGCCCGACACGGGAGAGAAGGUCUCGCAGUUGCUGUAUUUGGGCUUCGAGCGGUCGGCGGCGGAGGCGGCGCUCGCCUUGACGGGCGGCGACAUCCAUUCGGCCACCGAGCUGCUGAUGGACAACGGGGGUUCGGUCCCUUCGGCGACCACGCCCCCCUCGGAGGAGGAGGAGCCCGGCGCGUCGUCCGGUUCCACGGACGAGAGCGAGCUGGUCAACGAAGUUCUGGAGGACAUCCCGAGUCAUGAGGACGAUUACUUGGACCUGACGCUGGAGGAGGAGCUGCUGCUCAUCAACACCAUCAAGACGCAUCUGGAGCGCACGCCGGCACAAUGA